GAUAAGGGCGAGUGUGUAUCGCUGUUGCUGUUUACAGAAGAAGACGACAGCUUGCGAUGCGUUCGCGCUGAUUCUGACCAGUUGCGGCGGAAGAUUCAGGAGGGUGUACGAAAUUGCAUUUACUCUAGAACGAUAAUCGUUCCCGUAAUCACGCAACACUCUUCAAAGAUAAUUACGAUAUUUCGGAGUGCACAGGAGGACAUGUCUCAAGUACCAUUCAUAACCACUGAUGAAACACGACUGCACGCCACGGAACCUACUACCUGCAAUAUGGUGAUGCUCGAGGCCGGUCUACCUGGUGACACAUGGAGGUACUGCGUAGAAAGGGAACAACUUGCCGAAAGGUCGGAGUGGUUUCGUGCGAUGCUCGUCGGUCCUCUCGCACCUGCACCGAGCGAUCCUCCACCUCUGCUUCAACUCCAACACGUAGAAAAGCGUGCCUUCGAUUAUCUGUUCAGAUAUCUUCUCGACGAGCCAAUAAACUUCCAAUCCGUGUCAUCAGCUCGAGCCACCCUUGACGCAGCACAUCAAUACCUGUGUCCAGAAUUAGCUCGUCUUGCCGUUGACUACCUCGAAAGGAAUCUGAACUCGAACACCGUCCUCGAGAUCUAUCAAGGUCUUAGCCUUUACGCGAGUCACAUAACUUCUGGCCUCUCUAGAUCAACCAAUUCGCCCACAGCACCCCCAGCACCUGGCGACGAUGCUGGCGAAAUAGCCGCGGUCUGUACACGACUCCUCCUAUGCUGUCUGCAUGUGAUCGAUUCAAAUCCGGAGGCCGUCUUUAAUCAGGAACAGUUCGAAGAACUGCAUGCCGCUGAGGUGGAAGAAUUAGCGUGCCGAGACACAUUGACGUUAACCAACGAGUCCAUUUUGUUCUACGCGUUAGACAGGUGGGCUGCGUCUGAAUGUAGAAGACAUGGAGUCGAACCAUCGGCCAGCAACAGAAGGAACGCGCUGUCCGAAGAAGUUUGGUACAGCGUUCGGUAUUCUCUUAUGACAGAUAAAGAGUUCAUCGAGGGUCCUAUGGCAAGCGGUAUCCUCUCUAGCGAGGAAUCCGCCAUUAUUGUCGCUAGAAUCCUUGGACAUACACAAAAUUCUGAGGGUGAUGAGCUUCGAAGUUCCGUUGCUGGUCCAUUAUCCAGGUUGUCCAGUACACCUAGAAUCGGUAUCAGUACUUACGAGAAUCAAAGCUGCAUGAUGUCGCAGCCUGGAAAAAAGGAACGGCAGGAUAAUCGGAAGAACAGGAGGAAGGAGUGCGUGACCCAAGGACAAAGAACGUGUGCGAGAAUUGGCAAUUGUCUCGUGCGAGUUCUUGCCUGUGUCUUUGACUGAAUAAUCUUAAGAAGAAGCCAAAACGAAAAAAAAUAGGAGAAAUAGACGAAGUCUCCCACCGAAGAGUCAUACAGGGCAGUAGGAAAAAGAAUUGAAACAUUUUGAAAAAUUUAUUUACAAACAACCAUCAGCAAACACAUCCAAACGUUCUCAUAGGAAACAUCGAUAUUGACUAAUAAAUUUUUGAAAGUGUUCAGUUCUUUUUAUAUGUUACCGAUGAAAUGUCUCAUACUUGCUGGUCCUCGUCUUUUAUGUUCCACAAAGAAUUGACAUUUUACGGUAACAAAAGC